GUCUCAGAUUGACGCCGUCCCAAACACGCGUACACACACACACACAUACACACACGCAUACACACACAUUACACACGCACCCCCCCCCUCUCUCUCUCUGUAACACCCCUCCCAGAGCUUCCUCUGGCGCCGUCGCUCUUCUUCUUCUUCUUCUUCCUCCUCCGCUUCUGGGAAGACUUGGAUUUAUACUUCGGGAGUCUAAAGUGGAUUCUGGACUCGCCUGCUCGCCCGACGCACGCGACACACCGGGACGCAACAUGGCGCGGGUCAUGUUAUCGUGUAUUUCAGUGUUAAUGUCAAUACAGCUGAUCCAGUCCUCCGGGCUGUUUGAGCUGAAGAUAGACUCCUUCAGCAGCGUCCGGAGCGUGUGUAAAUUCAAGUCCCGUUCCCGGGACUGCCAGAUCUUUUUCCGUGCGUGUCUCAAACACUCGCAGGACGUCAUCAACCCGGAGCCGCCGUGCACUUACGGCACGGGCCUGACGGAGAUCUUCGGCGCGGACACCAACUCCAUCUCCGGGAGCGCGCCCAUCAAAGUGCCCUUCCACUUCAAGUGGCCGGGCACGUUCUCUCUCAUCAUCGAGGCGUGGAACGCCGAGUCUUCGGACGACUUGUCCACAGAGAACCAGAACAACCUGAUCAGCCGACUGGCGACUCGCCGCAGGCUGACGGUGGGGCAGGACUGGUCGCAGGACGUGCACUUCGGCGAGCAGAGCGAGCUGCGGUACUCCUACCACGUGGUGUGUGACGAGUUCUACCACGGCGAGGCCUGCUCCAUCUACUGCCGGCCCCGAGACGACCCCUUCGGCCACUACACCUGCGACAGCUCCGGGAACCGUCUCUGUCUGUCCGGCUGGAAGGGCGAAUACUGCUCUGACCCCAUCUGCGCGGCGGGCUGCAGCGAGCAGCAUGGCUUCUGCGAAGCGCCGGGCGAGUGUCACUGCCAGAUGGGCUGGCAGGGCUCUCUGUGUGACGAAUGCCUGCGUCACCCCGGCUGCCUGCACGGCACCUGCCAGAAGCCCUGGGAAUGUCACUGCAAGGAAGGCUGGGGAGGACUCUUCUGCGACGAAGACCUGAACUACUGCACCAACCAUAAGCCGUGCCAGAACGACGCCACCUGUACCAACACGGGCCAGGGCAGCUACACCUGUACCUGCCGCCCCGGAUACAGCGGCAACAACUGUGAGAUCGAGACCAACGAGUGUGAUAGCAACCCCUGCAAAAAUGGUGGCAGCUGCAAUGACUUGGAGAACGGCUACUCAUGUUCAUGUCCUCAGGGUUUCUAUGGGAAGAACUGUGAGAUCAGUGGCAUGACGUGUGCUGAUGGUCCGUGUUUCAAUGGGGGCACCUGCAUGCCCAAGAACUCCAGCAGGUACAGCUGCCGGUGCCUGCCCGGCUACAUGGGCUCCAACUGCGAGAAGAAGCUUGACAGAUGUAGCAGUGACCCCUGUGCCAACGGCGGUCAGUGUUUAGAUCUGGGGAACAGGGUCUUGUGUCGGUGCCAGCCUGGUUUCACCGGCUCUCACUGCCAGAACAACAUUGACGACUGCGCCCGCAGCCCCUGCCACAACGCCGGCACGUGUGUGGACGGCAUCAACGACUUCAAGUGCACAUGCACGCUGGGCUUCACCAGCAAGGACUGCUCGGUGCGCGCCGACGCCUGCUCCUUGUUCUGCGACAACGGCGGCAAAUGUUUCACCCACUUCACCGGCCCGGUGUGCCAGUGCCCUGCGGGCUUCAUGGGCACUCGCUGCGAGUACGCGCUCCGGACCACCGGCCUGCCGCAGACGGCCAAACCGGGCACGAAGGACAACAGCUUCCCCGCGGUGCUGGCUGUCUGCUUCAUGCUGGGCCUGGUGACGCUGACACUGCUGGUGUGUGCCGCCAUAUUUGUCCUGCGUCAGCUCCACUCCGGCAGGAGGCCGACAGACACUUCCCCGUCGGUGAAGAACGACCUGGAGAAGGUGAACAACUGCAACGCAGUGAUCGGAGGCGGCGUGCACCCCGGGGGCCUGCCGGGAGCACCGCUGGGCAGCCUGAGAGAAAAAGAGGCCUUCCUCAUUCCCAGAGGACAGCUGAAAGUGUCCAAUAAGGAUAUGGCGUUGGCAGAGAGGGGCCGGGACAAGAUGGUUACAUAUAAAAACAAAAUGGCCGACCACAACCUGGCAAAUGAGGAGGACCCGUUUGCCAAAAACAAGUUUGACCCCAGUAAGAAGUGUGGCUCUCCCAUGGUGGUCCCUCCUCUCAGCCGCUGUCAUCCAGUCUUCAUCAACCCAGACCAGCUGGAGCAGUGUGUGUUCGCUACCGAGGUGUAACCUGCCAUGUUGACGCCUCCAUUGGAAGUGGAGGCGAUACCUCGGUCUGUGAAAGGCCUCCUCUCCAGAGGCCUGAUCCGUUUACAAUCUGUCAAGAAAGAGUUCUUCCAAGACGGCCUGUUCUGCCCACACGUGUUAUUUAAUAUUUAUUACUGCUGCUCGCUGGAAGAAACGGGAGAGGACUUGCUUCUGACUUUUAACGUUGACAACUUUCUGAUGACCACGACGAUGAAAAGACGGAGAGUCGAAGGGGAGAGUGGAGGAGAGACUGAAUGUUCACCAUUAUUUGCACUAUUUAUCUUUUUUAAUCUGAAUAUAAUUUUGUAAUUUUGUCUUGACUUUUUUAUGGCAACAAACACGAUAGAGGAAAUAGGAGGAGGACGUCCUAACCAAUCAGAAGGACUGGUGCCUUAGUAACGCUCCCUGAUCGCCAUAGCAGCCGUGCCCUUUACAAUCCUGUAAGAUGCUGUCAAGUCAGUCUUCUGUUGGACGCGCUCUCCCGAGAAGAUGAGAUGGACCCAAAUGAGACGGACCAAAAUGAGAUGGAAAAACAAGUCUCAUGAUGCCUCUUGGAUUUAUUUUUUUCUUUAGGUUCAGUGUUUCUGUGAGGAUCAUAGACAAGAAUCACACAACUUUAAAUAAAAUGAGAUUUUCCAGGGUUUUUUUCCCCUUCUUCUUCUUCUACAGUUUUAAAACCGGACAUUCCUCGGAGGAUAUUCUAGAAAAAGAAUAAGGAGUUGUUGAGUCGUUUUGUGCUUUCAGCCUUUCAUUGUAAAGGCUCAUUCCGUAUUUUUUAGGUGACUUUGGAGUUGAGUCACACUGUGGCCUGUUCUGGAGGUUUACAGUGCCAAUAAGCCUUACAGUCUUCAUCCAGUCCUACAAACUCUGAGGUGCCUCUGUUUAAACCAGCAGGGCUCCACGACCUCUGCUGGUAGCGGCGGGGAGGGUUCAGAGGUGAAGCGUUAUUGUGUUUUUCUCUAAUAUUUACCCUGUACCAAUCAGAAUGUUUUCUACCAUUAAAGAUGAACUGCAGAGCUUUCAGCCACUAGUAGCGCUAAUGAGCAAACUAAGUCCCCCAUGCCGACACAAAAACCCUACUAACUUCCUCUACAAGUUGCGGCGCUGAAAUUUGGACGUGAACCUUGCGGCCUUUUAAAUGAAAAAAUUUGCCAAACUAGCGAGCCUUACAACACAUUCUGCACUCGCAUGAGAGAAGUUAUGGCCGGAAACAAACCUGUGUAUGUUGUCAUGGAAAGCUAUACAGUUCAUCUUUAAUAAGCUGGGGGGGGGGGCGGUUAUCUUAAUUCUUAAUUCAUUGUAAAAAAAAAAAGGGGGGAUCUUGACUGUACCCUCAAACUCUCCUUUUGACAUCAUUAGCACCCCCCCCAUCCAGAGUGUAACACACUUACUCUUGAUCCAGCUGUGGUCGGUCUGAGUCUGACAGGAUAGUCAGGUGGCCCCUGAGAUUUGUACUCACUAUCACAGAGGGUGUAUUCUUUGUUGCGUUUUUGUAAAGGUCUGGUUAGGACGUUAGCAGAAAGGGGCUUUGGGGUUCCACGUUAAGCACGGGCGUCUUUCCUUUGGGCCCACAGUAUUUUAACAUCAGGGGAUUACUCACAGCGCCUAUUUUGGUUUAUUUUUUUUCAAGUUAAAGAAACGAAUCAUGUAAAAUAGUCACACUGUUGUCCUUGUUGUAGGGCCUGUAGAGGACCACAGAUGCUACUGUGUCGUUAUGAGAAGAGAAACAUGACAGGAGAAACCUCUUCCUGUCUUAUCUUCCGGGUGUGCCUGUAUGUCUUAUCCUCCGGGUGUGCCUGUAUGUCUUAUGGUUGGUGCUAGAUCCAACGGGGUGUAGGCUCGGACGUAGCCGUGAUUGGCUGUUGCAUCAGCCAAUAGACAGCGCGGAGCCUCGAAGCGCUCUGACUUGAAACGAACGAUGCGCCCUGAAACAUUUAGCUAGCUAGCUUACAACUGACCUUAACAUUGCCAGAUUGUACUGUAACGAUAGCUAAAGUUAACGCUUGCUAACAAUGGAAAUUGAGCAAGAGUUUAAACCCUAACCAACAACCAAUCACGUCUACUUCCGUGCCCACACCCCGCUGGAUGAUCUAGCAUCAACCCUGUGUGUUUUAUCUUCCAGGUGUGCCUGUAUGUUUUAUAGUUGAUGCUAGAUCCAACGGGGUGUAGGCUCGGACGUAGCCGUGAUUGGCUGUUGCAUCAGCCAAUAGACAGCGCGGAGCCUCGAAGCGCUCUGACUUGAAACAAACGAUGCGCCCUGAAACAUUUAGCUAGCUAGCUUACAACUGACCUUAACAUUGCCAGAUUGUACUGUAACGAUAGCUAAAGUUAACGCUUGCUAACAAUGGAAAUUGAGCAAGAGUUUAAACCCUAACCAACAACCAAUCACGUCUACUUCCGUGCCCACACCCCGCUGGAUCUAGCAUCAACCCUGUGUGUUUUAUCUUCCGGGUGUGCCUGUAUGCUGAUGACUGUCUACUUUCAUGUGGCUAAUUUAAGGAGCUAUUUUUCUACAGAUGACUUUGUCAGUAUUUGAUAUCCACACACACACACACACAC